UUUUUUUUUCUUGAGUGAGUUAUCAUAUAAAGCGUUCUUUUUUUUUCUGUUAUUGUUAUUAUUCUGCUUUUCUUUCUCUUUGUUUAUGUAUAAUGUCAUCUGGCAAUGAUCAAGAACAUUUAAUGUUUAAUCAUAGUAUGCUUCGUUGGUCAUCUCAACAGUCUACAAUGGAAUAUCCUAAUAAUCCAUCUAUGGAAAUAACACCAGCAACUAUUGUACCUUCUUCUUCUCAUAACCGAAAUACAAGUACUAUGACCCCUUUACCAGCUAUUAAUACGACAAACCCAGCCAUGGCUCCUCCUCCACCUGUAUUGGAUCCUACAAAACAAUAUCAUCCUGAAUGGGGAGUGAUUAAAGAACAAGACUUUCAUCCAUUGACCUUGAAACAUCAACGUGAUCUAGAGAAUCUCUAUAGUGCUGGUUCUGCUAUUACUGACUUUUACUUUUGGCAAGCUAAUUUAGGAGGCUAUUGUAUGGCAGAUAUGGCUCAAGGCAUUGUUGUAUCUUCUGAAGGUGCUUUUGUACUUGAAAGAAAAAUAGUAGAAGGUGCACCUCAUCCUGGUCGCAGAAAAAAAAAACGCGGAUUGGGAUAAAAUCCACAACAACAAAAGCAAGAAGAAAUUAUUAAGCCAAUUUUUUUAUUUUUAUUUUUAUUAUUAUUUUUAUUUAUUUAUUGUUGUUGCUCACGAAUGGGAGCUAUAGGAAUCAGUAACAGAACAAAAUAAAUAUGUGUGCUUCAGUUUACCGAAAU